GGCCAGUUUCCUGCUAACCCUGAAUCACGGUAUAGUUCGCACCAGUUGGAGCAGCACUUAAAACCCUUACUCGAGAAGAGGAGUAGUGGCGCCGAUAUUUAUCACUGGUUUAAAGCGAUUCGGGACGAUCUACCUUUGACGCAGCAUUCGGGGCUAAUGGUCUGUGCUCUGUGUACCUGGACAUCUAUGUGGUUUAUGUUGACAUGACUGUUCAACUAAGGUGGAACUCUGAGAUAUUUAGGCUGUGUCAGUCUCUGAAGUUCCGGAUGUUUGCACAAAGUCGUUUCAGAAAUCUAGCGCAGCGAUCAGAUUUUGCGACGGGUGUGUCAAGACAGCUUAACCGAGUGAUCUGGCGUGCCUACCCUCGAUCCCACGGUGGUGUUUCGUUUCUUGAAAACCCGCCAGACAAAGUCUUCCAGACGCUGUGUGCCUAACGGCCAUUCGUAGGCGAGUACAAAAGAGUAAAAGAGGACGUACUACUACGGUGCUUGGCGAAUUGGGUAUCGCGGGCGUUUUAAUGGGACCUGCCUUUGUCUUCGACGGGGAGCUAGCUAUUGAGCACCAUGAAGUAGCAGAGCCCUGUGCGAGCUCGGACGAGGAAAACGUGAUUCUAACGCUCUUAAGGGUGAGAAUUACACAUGCUGCUCUACCACAUUGGAGUUGUGACAGGCUGAAGCACUCGUGUUUUGUCGCCACGUACACCUCGGCGAGUGCAUGCGUGCAAAAAAAGCGGGCUUUCUAUAACACACAGGGGGUCGAAAAGGUCACGUAUAUCUGCCAUUCCCAAACUACAAAUGGAAGACUAUAUCAUAGCUCCAGAUGAAUACGGCUGAUAACGCGCACGAGAAGGUUUUUCGAGACCUGCUUCUCUUAAGACAGUGUAAGUGCCUGACUCUAGCGACGGCGCAUUCUUUUGCGCCGCCUGUGCUGGUUCGAGGUUCGCCACUUUUCCGGUGGUGGGUCGCCGCCAGGAUGCCGCCACUCACGGUUUUCUUUUAUGCUCGGGAGCAGGCACUUGGAAGCUUCACCGCAAGCUCGUCAGAACUGUUUGGUUGGAGAAAAGCGGCAGCAAUCGUACAGCGUCUCGUCCUUAUGUUCACAGAAAAACCAUAGGCAGGCAGGAAGCUUAGUUUUGUUCAGUAUGGUUGGUUGCCUUGCCUGGCGGAACGAACUCGGUUGUUUGUGGUGGUGUAUUUUUCUUUCUGGGCAAUGUUCGACAUUGCCGAAACGCGGAUAUUUCAUGUUUUCUCGUCAUCUGAGCACUGCGUCGUUUAAAUAACCCAAUAUCUAUCCCGUCUUUUUCUCGCAGAAAGGGAGCAUCUUGUCCCUCCGACACCGCUGAACGGAAAGCGUCCUCGCGAAACGGGUGCAGGGACCACGCCAUCGGAUACUUUUCGUUCCUCUGCCGUAAACGUCUGCUUUUUGUUUCAUUAUCAUACUUUUUUGCGUGAGGUUUCUAAAUAGCGUACACUGGAUCGUGUCUGGGGCAGGAAAUCAGUCAAAAAGUGUUCCUUCCAUCGGGAGCUGGUGCGCGUCGCGUUUGUCUGUUGAGUGUUAACGCGUUUUGCUUGAAAAAGCUGCCCCUUCCGGCCUGCGGGCUAGGUUCGAAAAAACAGCCGAUGCUUAUGAACUCUUUCUAAAUUCAGAGAUUCCGUGUUGAGGGCGCGGUAACGGAACAGUUCUCCGCUGCAAUUCGGCGUGAGUCCGUCGGCCACCGAUGGAAUAUGUGAAAGUAGAAGCGAACGCCUUUCCUCGUUGUAAGAGUCCACUGGUCGGACAAGGAUUUUUUAUGGUCUCUCAGAUGCAGACACAACGUCGUUUUUCUUAUUCUCUCAGUCCGGUGGCAGGUGCUGCCAUGAUGGACCCCACUUGCGCUGACCUCCAGCUAAACGCGAGGGUAACACGGAUCUUUCACACCAUAUUGUCCUGCCGGGAAUUUUUGUACCGUCUGUCUUUCUGAAGAGGCCCCGUUUUUUUUUCUGUGUUGACCGAGGGUCCGAGUCUGCGGUGCACUGAGUUGCGCCUCGCCGUUCGCCGCAGCCUUCCAGCUCUCGCCUCUUUUCUUCUUCGUCCGCCGCGUUUGUUGUCUCGUUUCUGCGGAAUUUGUGCGUGAGACAGUAACUUUCUAGAUUCGUAUUUUGGUUUCCAAGCCGAAGCCAAAUGGCACUGCGUUGUCUGGCGGCUUUCGGAUAUUCCCUCAUCGCCAAAACCGUUUUUCUUCCACCUCCUCUAAUCCUUUCGAUUUAACUCUUCUGUAGAGAUGCCGCUCAAGACUUCCUGGCAUUGUUCGUGCAACGCCACCUUUCCAGGUGACUUGCUCAUGGUUGUUGCUAACCACGAUCGCGUGGGCAACUGGAAUCCUCAGAACUCGGUGGUUCUUUCGACAGACGCAUCCUCUUUCCCGACAUGGCGCUCUGGCGAGGUCUGCUUCGACGAGCAGCAGCCCGUCCGGCUCGAGUACAAGCUGAUUAUUCGCCGCGCCUCAGGAGAAAUUUACUGGGAGCCGAUUCCCACCAACCGCGUAGUCACGCUGACUGCGAAUACGUCCUCAGUCAUCGAAAACGUUUGGGGUUCGCUGGCCACUUGCUCCAUCACCUUCUUCCCGCUGCAGCCGAUUCCGUCCCCGUCCUUCUACAAGCACGCAGAAAGGACGAAGAAAGAGGCCAGUUCCGUCCAUCUGCACUCCGCCUCCAUUUCCGACGACUCCGGGUCCGACACUGGGACAUGUUCACAGGUCGACGAAUCGCGAACGCAACGCAACGUCCGCGGACAGCCUGCCUCCGUGGGGACGGGGAAGGCCACAGCCGCCGAGAGAGGCGGCAAAGGAUACGUCAUGCCGCAUCACCAGUGCAGCACCAGCCAGAGACGCCACUCCAUCAGUACGCAAGCUGCGGACGAAGCGGCCGGCGGAGGGAAUCGCGUUUCCUUCAAACGCUCCGCCUUCAUUUUGGCCAACACUGGUCCCAUCACAAACUACUACACAGUCUCAAAGACAAUUGGGCGUGGCACAUGGGGAGAAGUGAAGCUGGUCAUUGACAACGGGACCGGAGCGCGUCGCGCGGCGAAGAAGAUUCCCAAGUGUUACGUUGAAGACGCCGACCGUUUUCGUCAGGAAAUCGAGAUCAUGAAGAGCCUCGACCACCCAAACAUUGUGCGACUCUACGAGACUUUCGAGGAUAUGACGGACUUCUACCUGGUGAUGGAGUACUGCACUGGGGGCGAGCUCUUUGAUCGCUUGGUUCACCAGGGUGUCUUCACAGAGGCUCUGGCCUGCCGCAUCAUGCGGCAGAUUCUCGCAGCUGUUGCUUAUUGCCAUGCCCACCGCGUCGCCCACCGAGACCUGAAGCCGGAGAACUUCCUGUUUUUGCAUGACAACCCCGAAUCUCCCAUCAAGCUCAUCGACUUCGGCCUCGCCGCUCGUUUCAAGUCUGGACAGCCCAUGAGGACGAGAGCCGGGACGCCUUACUAUGUAUCGCCGCAGGUGUUGGAGGGACGGUAUGGCCCAGAGUGCGACGUCUGGUCCGCCGGAGUCAUGAUGUACAUUCUGCUUUGUGGGUAUCCUCCGUUCAAUGCGCCGUCGGACAGGGCGAUUAUGAACAAAGUGCGUGCGGGACAUUACACCUUCCCAGACAGCGAAUGGAGUCGAGUGUCACUACAGGCCAAGGAUCUCAUCUCGCGUCUUCUUGAUCGCCAUCCGCGCACUCGAAUCAGUGCCGAGCAAGCGCUCCGACACGCCUGGUUCGCCAUGCAUGCUCCGGGAGACCAUUUUGAGCCUCUAGGCUUGGACAUUUUGAGCAAAUUUCGGCGAUUCCAGGGCUUGAGUCGACUGAAGAAGCUGGCUCUGACGGUUAUUGCACAGCAUUUGGAGGACUCGGAAAUCGAGGGUCUCAAGAACUUGUUCACUCAGCUCGACACCGAGGGUGACGGUGUCCUGACAGUGGAGGAAAUUCGCAAGGGCAUCGAGCGGAGCGGCGUCCACUUACCUCCGGACAUGGUCCUCGAAGAUGUCUUGAGGGAAGUGGACACCGCCGGCACUGGAAGCAUUGAUUACACAGAGUUCAUUGCAGCUUGCCUCCACCAGUCCCACUACAUCCGAGAGGAGGCGUGUCGAGCUGCUUUCCGCGUGCUAGAUAUCAAUGGAGACGGCCUCGUCAGUGCUCAAGAACUGCGCCAGGUGUUCCACAUGGCUGGUGAUUUGGAGACAGACGCGGCGGCGGAGUUGCUGGAGGCAGACGCGGAUGGUGACGGGCACAUAACUUUCGAUGAGUUUUGCGGACUCAUGCGGAAGGUGCCGUCGCUCGCCUUGGUCACGGAGCACACAGUGUCGAUGAUGCGGCGAACGUGUUCGCGCACAAACAUCAGCGAAGCCAGUCUGACGCCUCGCGCUACGGGGUAAAUCGCAGAAGCGAACACAAAUGGAAAGACAGGAAAACGACUUUUUCUGUAGUGGGGAAACCCGGCGAACGUUCCGCUGGAAUGUGCCAGGGACGGGCCAUGAGAUGCCGGUCAACACCGGGCGAGGCCUGUCGUUGGAACGGACUGCGAUGUUCUCGGCGUGGGCGUCCGACAGUGUCAACAGGCUCUACAACGCGCAGAAAAAAAAUUCCCGCACGUGUUCCAUAGACAAACCGUCCUUCGGGCGGGAGAUUUGCUUUUUCGGGAGAUUGCGACGGAAGUGGGUUUUGUUUAGGUCGCAGUGGGGACAGUCUGCUGGUUCUGCGAGUAGAUAUUGGUGUAUCGACGGUACUUCAGACACUGCCGUCACUAAUCACGUUCGGUCUCUGGGAGAUGCAAGGGAAAUUCUUUUUCAUUUUGGGGUUUACGUCGCGUGCACGCGUUGUGACUGAGAAAUGCGCGCAUGUGGUCGAAAGCGCCGCAUGCGACAGUUCAGCAAACUGCGUGCAAGGAACUGAUAACGUAUCGUACUUUGUGCAAGACAAUCUCCGUUAAUAUGUGGCGACUUCCGAGUUCGUGUGAAGUUCCCAAAUUGAGAGCAGGCUCUUUGGUGGGUCACCCGAUGUGCACCGGAGACAGACCCGUCUGUCACUCGAUGGUACAGUGGGAUUGAGUUUUCUGCGUUGUCUUCGUUUCGUGAUCUCAUCUGCGGGGGAAACAGACGGCUCAGUCCUUCUGGUCCCGAAAACUCGACUAGAGGUUGGGUGCGGGCUGCACAACCGCAAACUCCGGAAGGUGGAAACAUGUCGCACCGAAAGGUGCUGGUUUGAAGGGCUGUAUUGAGAUGGGCGACGACGCGGGAGAUGAGUUUCAGCGAUCUAUCGUUUUUUCCACCAAAUAUAUGUGGUCUGCCGUCCAGGUUUAGUUCUUCUUUGAGUAUAUGCGAUUUUGCGUCACUGGCUGCGGGCCAGGGAUCAGGUCCAUGUCGGUUCAAAGGUACCGCGCUGGCGUCUCGGCGGGCUUACUGUUCUACAUCGCGUGAUAGAGAGUGGAUUUCAGAGGGCAAGGAGGGCGCUUUCUGGCGCGUCCUCUUUAGAAAGACUCUGUUUUCGCGGCGAAAAUGCAGUCUAUGAGAAACGAACGACCGACUGUGUAGUAGCACGCAAAGGGACGACCGCAACGAUAUGCGUAUUUCGGUGGUUGCCGGCUUCUUUGCUUUGUUCUUGCCUGAGAAAUGAGGACAGAAAAUGUAACGAAGGGCUUUUUUUUAUACAGAUACCGUAAAAUCGAUUCAUGAACAAGAUGUGGAAUCGUACCCUCUCGUUUUGUACAAUUCGUGCCCGAAACAUAUAUUUCACAGAGACUUUGGCUGUCAAUCAAACCUGCC